CCGAUUAAUCGGCAGCUAGACAUUAGAUAAGUUUCCGAUAAAAAAAUCUAUAUCUUGUCAUACAUAAUAGAUUGUAAAAAUAAAUCAAAGAAUGUACACAAGCUUUAUCAUGCUGUGAUCAUAAUAAUUACGCUCUUAUGACAUCAGUAAAGCCGUAAUUAAGACAAUAAUUAUCAUAAUACGCAGAAUGAAAUCCAUGUGAAUCACUGUCACAAGUGUUUUCCCAAAUAAUAAUUUAAUUUAAAUUGAAAAUUGUGUGAAGUGUUUCGUGAAAAUGAAGAAUAAACUUAAAUUAUUAUGGUCGAAAACAAACCGGUGGCAUCGAGUUAUUUUCAUAUUCCUAUUAUUGGAGUCGAAGCUAUUUCCUGGUGGUAAGGUUGGUUUCCAAUGCAACGAUCCGGCGCUUUCCCAUCCUUACACCGGCGACACUGUUAACUGGAAGUGGUUGAUCGGGAUCACCGUGUUCUUACCCUUAGUUGUGAUGCUUAUAGUAGAGAAACAGAAGGAUAAGACAGAUGCAGCUAAGCAAAAAACGUUGGUAUGGUACAAGGAGUAUUUAUAUGGAUUCCUGAUAAAUUUAACAUUUGUUCAGUGUCUUAAAUUUAUAGUCGGUUCUCCGAGACCGCACUUCUUUGAUACUUGCAGCCCGAAAGAGGAAACCACAUGUGAAGCAUCAGAGUAUGUAUCGAGCUAUACGUGUACAAAAGCGCAUUGGCUAAAUCAGUCGGACAGGAGCUUUCCAUCUGGACACACGUCUCUAGCUUUUCACGCUGGUAUUUUUAUAAUCUAUUAUCUCUAUCGAAGAGCGAGUAAUGUCCGUCCAACGCACGCGGUACAGUUGCUGUGCGCGGCGGCGACGGUGUUCUGCGCCGUGUCGCGCAUGACGGACCACAGGCACCACUGGUGGGACGUGCUCGCCGGUGUCGUUAUAUCUGUACCGAUACUUCUAUACACUAUAUUUCGUCUUUGUAAGAAUUUCGAAUGUUUGAUACCAAAGGAAAACGUUGAAAAUCAAAAUCUACAAGAUUCUGUUGAAAAAAGUGAGAUUAUGGAAAAUGUAUCAUAAAUGUAAAUAAUAUAAGUUUAAGUAUUUAUUUAUUUAUUCUGAUUGUAGAUUCUUAGAUAUAUAAAAAAAAACAUUCCAGUUAAUUUAUUUUUUGAAUAUGGUAAUAAAAUUACAAUGAAAUCUAUUUUUAUAAUCUGUACACGGAGUUAAACUGUAAGAAGCUCUGUUUAAAAAAGUUAAUUUCACGUUAGUUUGAAAGGUUUUUUAAAUUUUUGACAUUACAUCGUAAGACAUUCUUGAAAAACAUGUAUUUAUUUUCAAAGCAUUGUAAAAUUGUGUUAACGUCGUAGGGUUUAAAUGGUGGUAGGGCCUUGUGCAAGCUACUCUUUGUAGGUACCAAUCAUUCAUCCGAUAUUAUACCGCCAAACAGGAAUACUCAGUAUUGUUGUGUAUCGGCUUGAAGCAAGAAUGAGCCAGUCAUCUCGGUUCCCAACAAAAUAUACUUCAUCAAACCGGCCUGACAAGUGUUUUAAAUCAUAAUUUACAAUAUUAUAUUAACUGUGAAGCUACAAUAUUAAAAUGACAUAAUAUAAAUUAAGUCUAUUAAUAUUCUACUAUUGGACUUAAACCUUUUAUGACGUUUAUUGGUCGCACGUAGCUCCAGUGCAGUGCUGUGUUCAGCGUUUUUCAGAAAUUAUAAAGACAAAUUACUGUUUUGAACCGGUAAUUUUCGGUUUAAAUUCACUUCUCUAAAUAAUCAGCCAUUUCACUCUCACUCUCGACUCGAAUAGAGUUGUAUUCAUUUUAGACUCUAGCUAAUAGAGAAAAAAAUACUCUGAAUUUAAGAUUGACAGAACUAAAAUUUUCAAUGAAACAUAUUUAUCUUCUUCAACAGAAAUCGACGGUCAGUGAAGUGAUGUCUAUAUAUUUUACAGGAGUAGAUUGUUAUCAUAAUUUUAUUA